AAACAAGAGGAAGUUAAGGUUGACGCGAAUGGUACGAUCAAUGGAGACAAGAAAAGCGGAGACUAUCUGACUACAAUUGAAGAUUCAACUAAUCUUUAUGAUAAGUUGAAUAACAUAGUCCAUGAUUUAACGACAAAAGAAGAUAAUAUGGAGCUUUCAGAUGAUGCAAGCUCACCUCCAGAAUUAUCAAAAGCUAAGAGAAACCACCUGGGAACACGAUAACUGAUGC